AUGAGGAUAUGACAAUUUGACGUAAUUUUAUCAUUACACCUUUUAUUUUGUGGUUAUUUGUAUCAAAUUUAAUUAAACUAAAACUACAAACUAGGACUCGUAACUGGGCGGUCGGCACAACACUUGACCGCUGUCGGUCAGAAAUCACAACAUCGAUGAUAGGCUUAUUGUAGGCCCUACCCACAGUUUUUUCAUUAGGCCGCCUACUUGUAGGGUAGGCCUAAGCUUAGUUUAUACUACUGUUGAUAAUACAAUUUGGGCCUUAGGACAAGUUGUUGCUUUUGGCAUGUUUAUGACAACAAUGUAAAUCGACAACUGCCUAAUAAUAUUUACCCAGGCCUUACUGAAUAGUCCUAAGGAGUUGUAGCUCACGAUGGAUAAGAGCAGGUUUUCACUUCUUCUUCUUGAUCCAAACGAAAUAUUUUUUGAAGAUUUGAGUGUAUAUUUUUACCAGUUUGAUCAAUAUAAUAGCACAGGAGAAAACUCUGGAAGGGAAAAUCUUGGCAGACUCAGAAUAUGCUCAAAAUCAUUGGUGUUUGAACCCAAAGAUGUUGUAAAGCCUUUAAUAAAAAUGAGAUUUGAAAAUUGUAUGUCAAUUGAAGAGUUGAAAGUGUCGGAAAAAGAAAGACUGACAUCUUCCCAUUUUAACAGUGGCAUAUGUGUGGAUUGCAAUCGCCACGUUGAAAUGUUGGAGGGUAACGUAAUAGCGCCCUACACUUUCAGAGACGUUAGGAAGAAAUUUAUUUUUAUUUUGAACUACGGCCACACAGAACAGUUCUUACGGCGAAUAGGCCAACUUCAUAGAGCAGCCAGCUUGCCUGCCUCAGAGCAGAACAACAUGCUGCAAGCUAUAGAGACAGCCAUGCAGGCAAGCAAGACGUUUGACCGGCUGUGGCUGCAGGACUUGUACGAACAAGUAGUGUUGGAGACAACAGCCAAUAAGAUCACUCCAUUGGUGGUGAAUCCUGGGAUGGUGCUUCUGUCGUCCGCGACGCUCUACUUCCAAUCUUACAACAACAUAGAACCGAAUAAUUUAUUGAAAAUAAACCUUCCAGAUAUACGGAGUGUUACAAAGAGAAGAUUUAUGCUUCAACAUGUGGGCUGCGAGGUAGAAUACCACACUCACAACGGGUUGCAAAACCUGUUCCUAAGCUUCAAGAAGCGAAGUGACCGAGAACAGUUUUACAGUUGUCUUCUCUCUCAGCCGAGCUUGAAACUGGCCGACCUGGACAGGGAAAGGAUGACUUUAUGUUGGCAAAACGGACUUCUAUCAAAUUAUGACUAUCUGCUCUACCUUAACAGUGAGGCAGACAGAACCUUCAAUGACCUGACCCAAUAUCCGGUGUUUCCCUGGGUGCUACAAGACUACACCUCUACCACAAUCAACCUGCUCAGUUUUCAUUCGUAUCGUGAUCUCUCCAAGCCUGUCGGUGCUCUCAACCCCAUUAAACUGCAAAGACUAAAGGAACGUUACGAGGAAAUGCCAGAAAACAAGUUCCUAUACGGAUCUCACUACUCGGCUCCUGGGUUUGUGUUGUUUUAUCUCACAAGGCUUUACCCUCACUACAUGCUGUGUCUGAACAACGGAACAUUCGACAAAGCUGACAGGAUGUUCAACAGUGUGGCAGACGUGUGGAGGAAUAUUUUGAAUAACAUGUCUGACUUCAAAGAAUUGGUUCCUGAAUUUUACGACCCAACCAACAACGGAGAUUUUCUUUGUAACAAGUUCGGGAUAAAUUUUGGCUACAGGUCUGACAAUACAAAGGUCGGCGACGUUGAACUUCCGCCGUGGGCUGAAGGGCCUAAAGACUUUGUUACGAAGAUGAGGGAAGCAUUAGAGUCUGAUUACGUCUCUAGAAAUCUUCACAACUGGAUUGAUCUAAUCUUCGGCUACAAGCAGACAGGAGACGAAGCAGCCAAGGCUGAUAACUUGUUCUGUGAUGUGUGCUAUGAAGGGGUCGUUGACCUCUGUGCUAUAUCUGACUACAACAAGAGACAUGCGCUGGAAGUUCAGAUCAUGGAGUUUGGCCAGAUACCGAAGCAGAUAUUUUUUCAACCGCACCCAAAAAGGACUACUUUCUGGGUGGAUCGACCUGUUACCAGUGUCAGUUGUGCUGAUCUGGUGAGGCGUCUGGUCCCAUCUUUGACCCUGGUAUCUCACAAGGACGCAGUAACUGCUGUGACCUUGACUCCUGAUAAGAAGCAGGCUGUGUCUGUCGGCCGAGACGGACUUUUGAAGAUCCACUCAGUCGAGGGUGGCAGACAGGAGCGCAGUGCGGCUUUAGCUGCGACACCUCUCUCAUCGUUGGUAGCCUUCCUGCCUACCUCCGUUAUUGUGGGAUCGUGGGACAGCAAUAUUAUCAUGUACGAUGUGGCAUGUGGCCGCGUGAUAGACACAAUGCUGGGUCAUGAGGAUGCGGUCACAUGUGUGUGUUGGGCUGCCGAGCGUCGUCUGCUGGUCACAGGCUCGUGGGACGGCUGGGUGCGGCUGUGGCAGACCGAGACCUUUCCUCCGUCAGAGCCAAUCAGACCAGCGUCCGACCUCGUCAGUCAGUUGGAUCACGACGGACGUGUCACUUGUCUAUGUGUCAACAGAACAAAUACACAGUUGGCUUCCGGCACUGAAGAUGGUGAAAUAUUCUUGUGGUCUUUGAUCACAUUCACUGUAACACAGAAAAUAACAGAACACACAAACACUGUGAAUUGUAUCAAGUUUAGUCCUGAUGGCAAGAAGCUAGUGUCUUGUGGAGAUGACCAAACAUUUAGACUAUUUGACUUGACAUGUGGAGGAAUGCAAACAUUCUACAAAGAACUGGACGACCAACUCAAGUGUUUGGACUGGGAUGGUACAAUGUUGCUGCUUGGAAACAGCAAAGGUUGUGUUUACACCUGGGACUUGAUAUCCGUCACUCUAACACGUCAAGUCAAGGCUCAUGAAGGUGCUGUUCUAUGUUUGGCGCUAGCUGAAGAUGGAUCAAUUCUCCUCUCCGGGGGAGAAGAUAAAAAAAUUCUCAUUUGGAAACCAAAUGACGAUUCUGAUUCCACAAUCUGAACGUACACUUUAUAAGUAUUAUUGUUAAAAAGUUUAACAUUGUUAUUGGUCGUGAGGGAUCAAUUUUGUCAACACCACCUAUAAGUUAGUCCUUUUGGGCACAGUACGAAAAACUGGCUGAAACUUUAAUCAUAAAUUCAUUAAUUUGUAGAAAACAAAUGUACAUUGUGACAUGUAUGUAGGUGCAAUGUAAGAAGUGUUUUGUCCAUAGAGAUUCUGACUGAAACAUUUUUUAGAGUCUUUCAUGUCAUUUUACAAGUACCAUUUACAAUAAUAAUUUUAUGGACAAAUGUUCUAAACCUAUCUUAAGGCUGCAAGAUUCAUACAAUUUCUGUUUGGAUUCCACAAC